AUGAGAGUGCGCGACGCGUUGAUUCCGCCAACAAAGAGGUUACCUGCGCGCCUUCAUCGCAAAGGUGCGACCUCCACCCCCACCUUGCGCACAGCUCGGUGCCAACGCGGGAGCCUCGGGACCAGCCACCGGACGCCCCGGCCCCGCCCACCGCCACCCUUGCCCGAGGCCGUCCGAGGCCUCCGGCCGGCCCGGCUCGCAGGUCCCAGCGCAGCUCCCGCUUCCCCGGAAACCAGAGGGCAGCCGCCGGCUUCGCAGAUCAAAGCGGGGCCAGGGCGGCUACACCCCCGACGCCACAAGCAGCCUGACCCGCGGAGUGUCCCCGCGACUUCAGAACGAGCCAGGCCGAGGAAGCCGAUCGGGGCCACCGGCCGGCCCGCGACUGAUCUGGAGGAAGGGACGCUGUUACCUGCUGUGGGCUCCGCCGCUACCCGCCAGCGCCGCUCUCCUGGCAACCGCGGCAGCUACACCAGAGGCCGAAAGCCUAAGGGCCUAGUGACAGCUCCCGGCGUGCACCGCGCGGCGCUCACUCCCACGCCGGUGAUGACGUCAACGGUGCUCCAUCUCCUCCCCCGCCCAGCUCUUGGCUUCCCGUUGCUACCUGUUACCAUGGCGCCCUCACGGGGACUGUCAGGGAAGUGGCCCACAGCCACCAACUGCAGGAGUGGCCUGGAAAAGGAUAUACAUACAGUCAUUUCCAGGGAGACUAAAGCAUCUUGUCACGCCCAUAAGAAGCAGAGUGGGAGGAUCGUUCGGCUCUCCCCGCCCAUCUUUCUCAGAGCACAGACCGAUCGGGAUUUGAAAAUGCUCACGCCCCGCAGGUCCAGUCCUCGCGGAGGCGCGCUCUCCGCCCGGCAGGUGGCGCUGUGGGCUGGCUGGCUGUUUCAGCCGAGCGAGAGAGUCCGGGAAUCCCGCGCCGCCGCCACCACCCCUGCCGUGCUGCUGUUUCUACUCGGGUCGCGUGUGCAGGCGCUGCUGGCCCCAGUGGCCCGGGUUCGCCAGAACCUCCGGCUGGGCCCCCGCCAUGGCGGCAGCGGCAGAGACGCGGGUGUUCCUGGAAGUGCGGAGACGGCUGCAGAGCGCGCUGCUGAUCCUGGGAUGAAAACCCCUGCAGGCUGCACUGAGAUCUGCUUUCCAGCAGAGGUCAGGCUUGUACCUUCCUCUUGCCGCGGGCUGCAGUACGUGCCUGGAGAUGGACUGCACCUGCGGCUGCAGGCGCAGCUAGAAUCCAGCACAAAACCGAUUUCAAUGUGUAAUCAAAGCUCACAAGCGCAAGACUGUUGCACAUUUUAUUGCCAAUCCUGCGGUGAAGUCAUAAUAAAGGACAGGAAGCUUCUCAGGGUGCUCCCACUGCCGAGUGAGAACUGGGGAGCUCUAGUUGGAGAAUGGUGUUGUCACCCAGACCCCUUUGCUAGUAAGCCACUUCAUCCGCAAGAGAAUGACUGUUUUAUUGGAGACUCUUUCUGCUUGGUGAAUUUAAGAAGUGAUUCGUGGCAGCCAAGACCUGAACUAGCCCCAGUGAAGAUGUCCUGCCUUUCUUCUGAGAACCAUUUGAAAUUGAAACCAAAGGCAAAUACCAAAGUAAUUUGUAAGCGUUGCAGGGUAACGUUGGGAGAGACCAUGUCAUCAGAAAUUGUUAAGUUUUAUAUGACAGAGAUAAUGAUUCAGCCAUCUGAGAGAAAUUUUCCCAUCAUACCAAGGUCUCAGUUUGUACAGAGUAUUAUCGCCCAGUGUCUGGUGGAACUCUCCUCUGCUAGAAGCACUUUUAGAUUCAGUAUUCAAGGUCACGACGGCAAAGCAUACGUCUUGCUCUGGCUUUUAAACUCAGACAGUUUGGUGAUUGAAUCUUUGGGAAGUUCCAAAAGUAUCACAAAGUUUCCCCUGUUGGAAGACACAUUGAAGGCGGAUUCCAGUUCUGCUUGGAAUGCUGUCAAGGUCCUCUACCAGCCAUGCAUCCCAAGCAGGAAUGCAAAGCUUCUCAGCUCAUGGGAAAGUGACCUCAGCGUCCACUCUCUAACCCUGCCCUCUGCAACAUGCUUGGAGCUGCUGUUGAUACUAUCGAGAAAUAACGCCGUGCUACCUCCAUCUCUUCGCUGUAUGAAUUCCUUUCAGGUGGCCUUUUUGAAGAUGUAACUGUGGGAGCCGAAGCAUUUCUGUCUGCAGCGUGCAGCGCACUGGAGGUUGGCAGUUGGCCCAGUGGCCAGUGAUUAUAGAGACUAGAACCAGAGCUACAGAAUGAGAGCACAGCAUUGAAGUUUUGAGUUACUUGUUUGCAUAUAUUCUCUAAGAGAAGAGUUAACUUUAAAUCUUCGAAAAACCAAGGCUGCGAAGAAAGUCACGGUAACAAGUUCAGGUAGGUGUAGACGUUACAUCUCUGUUUCCCACAGAGAGGACUGUUCACCUGUGUCAGCACCUCCUGGAAGGAUGUUAGGUGGUGGAGACCCAUCUGUCCUGCGUGGAAUGAAUGCAGUGAGGGACUUCCACUGGUGAAACUGAAUAUUAACUGCUGUAAAUCCUAGGAAAUAUACUCUCAAAGGACUUCUCAGGCUCAUUUAAAACAAAUGUUAAAAAAGAAAAUAGAGAAUUUUGUAUACUUUAUUCAGAGGAGAGGCUCGGUAACUAAAUAUUUGUUGAAUAAGCGAUUUAUCAAAUUAAAGGUUUUCCCAUUUGUGUAAACCUGCAUGUAUUCCUUUUGUUCUUUAUUUCCUUUUCCAGAUACUAUGGUAAAUCAAUCAGUAUACCUCCCUGGAAUCGUGGUAUUGAGUUAUCAUAAUCCUUGUGUGCCAAAGCAAGUGGCGAGGAAACCAUGGACUGAGAAUGAUAGCGCUAGAGGGAAUCCGACAGAGCACAGGCCAGCUCCUGACUUGACAGAAAGGUUUAAGACUUGCCUGUGAUCACACAGUCGGAGCAAAGCUGGGACUUGGAGACCCUCCUUUCCCACUCCACAUUCAAUAGGAUGCCCUUUGGAUUUGCAACUAUACGUGCUGAUUCUCAAGCCUGUUGGCGCUAAUCCUAGGCUACAGGCCACCAGUACCUCUUUAUUCAAAAAACCCUGAGUUUUCUGUCCUCUAAGUUUCUAACUUAACAAGGUAUCAGUGGCAUUGUGAUUCGGUGAACAUGUCAUGGUUUCUUCCUUGUAGUUGAACCAAAACUUGUGCCUAAUCAGCAAGGCAGUGGUGUCACACAUCUCAUUCUGUAGCUGGUGGACGGACAUAGGAAUACCAUCCAUCUGUUUCACCCUGCAGAGUCAUUUUAUUAAGCACAGUUUGAAACAGUCAAGUUCUUAGUAAUAUGUCCAAGAUUCACAGCCAUAAAGGAGAAUUAGUUUGGCUUCACUUAAACUACUAAACUCCCAAAACACCAUGCUGACCUUCAAUGCUUUAGAUUUCUAUCUGUCGGUACAGAGCAGAUAUUUUCAACCUUGGCUCUAUUUACAUUUUGGGCCAGAUUAUUCUAUGUUGUGGGAGACGACGGUCCUGUGCUGUUAGGAAAAAAACAAAUCUUUUACCCUACACCCUCCUAGGUUCAGUGGCUGGGGCUUACAAAUCAAACUCAUAAAGCACAUUAUCAACAACAAAAAAAGUUUAAUUACUUUUAAAUAAUAUAUCCACACAGGAGUUUCACAAAGACAUGAGACUCUAGGAAGUGGUCAGAUGAUUGAGGUUAAUAUACCAUCUUAGGCUAAACAAAGAAAAGGGAGGUUUGGGCUUCUGGGCUGGGAGAUACAAGUUGUAAGAGGAUAAAGGGAAGAAAUGUGUGGUUCAUGGGGGUUGUCUUGUUAUGCAGAUAAGAGUUUCUCAGAUAAUGAUAAGAGUUGUCUCUAGGAGUAGCUCUCUUCCUGGUACAGAGACAUCUUACAAAUGGAAAUUCUUUUAUAAAUGUAAAUUUCCCUUACAAAAGAGGCAAUUUAUAUUUUUAGACUGUUAAGGGAAAGUGAAAAACUUUUCCUGCCUUUGCUGGUUUUCAAUCAUCAUUCGCUCAAAAUAAUUCUGAUGCCAAAGUGGCAGGUUUUGGGGUGACAUUCUGGUCCCCUUCAGUGCAUUGGAGGAAUUUCAGCAGCAGCCCACCAGAUGCCAGUAGCCCCCUCCCUAAGGUGUGACAACCAAUAAUCUCUGCAGACAUUGCCCUGAUUGCCAAAAGCAACCCCAGUUAAGAACCACUGCUAUAGUGAAUGUGUCUAAAAACAAGAUUUGGUAACUGAUGGGGUUCAGGGAAAGUUACCCCAAAAUAUGCCAUUUUGGCAUGUUGAUUAUUUGAAUUAAAGUUACUUAAGAAACAGCCAAUGCAAGGUGGACACUCGGACCCUCCUUUGUCCCCCAGGAAUAAAUCUUCCAUGUGAAAGGUACCCUGUCUGUACCAGGCAAUAGAGAGACAUCCUUAUCACCAGAAAGAGUGAAUUCUGGGCUGAAAAGUCUGCAUAAACAAACCUUGUUACUUUUCUAAUUUACUAUCCCAAGCCCAAACCUCUUUGUCUUGUCAAUUCUUCACAAAUAUGUUGUUUCUUUGUCUAAAAGGCAUAAAAGCUGUGUGAUUUGGUGACUUCUUCCAGUCUCAUAUUUCUAUGAGCUCCUGUACAUAAAAAAUUAAUUUUUUUUCUCUUGUUAAUGUCUUAUGUCAUUUUAAUUAUUAGGCCGGGCAAAGAACCUAGUUGGGAAGAAAGAAAACGUUUUCCUCCCCUACAACUGCCUAGAGUUGUGUAUUGCCAAUGACACGGCCAUUACAAAAUCUGAGACCUUUUCUGGCUUGUGAUCAGGACUUAGUAUACUACUGUUUUCACAAAUGAAUGCUGAUGAAUACCUUUGUGUGUGAAUAUUUCUGAAGAGUUCAGUUUGUAUUGGUCUCAUGUUGGAGAGUGGAAUAAAUGAGAUGAAGCAGACUUCAGCCUGUACAUAAAAUAGAAUUUUCUUCUGAGAUAGUUUUUCUCCCUCUGGAAAAGAAAGAAGUUGUUAUACUAAUAUUUGCUUACAGUUUAGGUUGAAGGUGCUCAUGAUCCAAAAGAUAACUCUACCACUCAACUCAACUAGAAGAAUAUCCUGAUUUACUAACCUUGUCUCUCUAAGUAAAAUCAAGUUGAGUCAAAUGCGGGUAGACCCCUUUAGCUCUGUCUGGAGUCGUAGGAGGAACAAACCAAUGAGAGCUGAGCCCGCCUUCGUUCUGACGGCACAGGUCCGGAGCGCUAAUGGAGCGGCUAUGAGAAGCUCCGAGGGAGGUGCAGGAGUCAGAAGAGCUCACAUACGUGACAGACUUCUGACGACAGAAUGCAGCUACCAUGGGUGAAGCUGUAUCUGUCAUGCAACUUAGAAUCUUGUCAUGGUGACGUUCUCAAGCUCAGCAGGUCUCCAUUGGUUCUCCCAGGGAUGCGGAGGGAGGGCCAGCACAGCUGAGGCCGGGCCCAGAGUGAGCUGUGAACAUCUAGACACUG